AUGCAAAAAACAAGCGUGUACAAGAAAACAAUUGAUGACUACGAGAAAAAUGUGAACCUGAGUAUUCAAUGGUGUCGUUGGAUUUUAAAACCGAUAGGAGUCUGGCCAACAUCCGACGUUACAGGAACACAGAAAUGCAUGUACCGAUUGAUAAAUGUAAUGUGUUAUGCCUUUCUCAGUUUUCUGUGUGCACCGUGCAGUUUGUACGUGAUCCUAGAAGUCGAGGACGUUUACAACCAGAUCAAAUUUUUCGGGCCAUCGAGUUUCUGCGUGAUGGCGCUGAUGAAGUAUUAUUUAUUGAUUCUCCACGAAAACGACAUACGCGAUUGCAUCAAACGCAUCGAAUUAGACUGGAAGGACAUAAGUCACCAUGAUGAUAAGAAAAUCAUGAUGGAGAACGCGAAAUUUGGAAGACAACUCAUAGCUCUUUGCACCUUCUUCAUGUACAGCGGUUUCGCGUUCUAUUACAUCGCCUUACCGAUCAGUGUUGGUAAAAUACAAGCUAAGGAUGAAAAUCUCACCUUCAUACCUCUGGUGUUUCCAUUCUCGAGCCUGAUAAUAGAUACGAGAUACAGUCCCACGAACGAGAUCGUCUUCUUUCUUCAGUUGAUAGCUGGUGCUGUGAUGCACGGCAUCACGUCAGCCGCUUGCGGAUUAGCCGCCAUGCUUGCUGUUCACGCUUGCGGACAGAUGGAGGUUUUGAUGAACUGGCUGAAACAUUUGAUCGACGGUAGAUCAGAUAUAGGUGACACUGUGGACGCCAGGAUUGCCAGCGUCGUGAAUCAACAUGUUCGAAUUCUGAAAUAUUUGACUCGCACUCAGAGCACCCUUCAACUAAUAUCGUUUGUCGAGUUCUUAGGAUGUACAUUGGACAUAUGUCUUCUGGGAUAUUACGUUAUAAUGGAGUCGAAAUCGAACGAUAUAACAAGUACAGUAACUUAUAUCAUUUUGCUUACAUCCCUUACGUUUAAUAUAUUUAUAUUUUGUUACAUAGGAGAACUUGUUGCUGAGCAGUGCAGGAAAAUUGGAGAAAUGACAUAUAUGAUUGAAUGGUACCGAUUGCCUGGAAACAAAAAACUCUGCUGCGUCAUGAUAAUCGCGAUGUCUAAUUCAUCCAUCAAAUUGACAGCCGGGAAUAUGGUUGAAUUGUCUAUUGAGACAUUCACAAACGUUGUUAAAACAGCGUUUGCGUUCUUGAACGUGUUACGUACAAUGACAUAAGUGAUACUCGUAGUGCAAUAGUGUUUAAAAAAUUAAUGUUAGUAUUCGUAAAUAUAUUUGAACGAUUUGUGCUGAUGUAUGACUCCGUAUAUUAUUUUUGUUCACGAACUACCAUUAAGAGUGUGACAAA